GACGGAUUUACUAUAAUGAGGUCACUGUAGUCGAGAUAUUAAUGUCCGUUUUCGUAUUAAUAAAUCAAGUUAACCUUUGAAGUGAGACACUCAAAAAUAAAAUCAGUUACUUCAAAUAACAAUUUAAUUCAUAAUAAGUAAUAAAAAUUGUGUCAAGAUUUUAAUUUUAUUUAAUAUUUUAAAAAUUCAUAAAAACGUUUCGUAAUUAUUUAAAAAAUGUACGCAUUCAAGCCGCAUGUUUUUAUUGAACAUUCUUCGAACAAUACUACAAGACCUGAAGAAAGAACGAACUCACAUAUUCAAUGUGAUGGUGAAAAUGUAUAUAUUUACGGCGGUGAGGAUAAAGAUAAUAACAUAAUGUAUGAUAUGUGGGUCUACAGUGUAACUCUAAAAGAAUGGAUAAAAAUGACAACUGAAAAUAGUUUACCAGCUGAUCUUGAUGAUUUAGUUUUUGGUGCGAUUUUUGAAGAAAAUUAUUUAGUUCUUUGCACAAUACAAGAACCUUGUGAUGACGAACUGCCAAGUCAAGAAUGUCGAUUACAUAUUUGUGAUCUACAUACCGGAAGUGUACGUGUCCGAGGGACUAAUGGACAAAUUCCGAAUCCUACAUUUGCAGUUAAUUUAAUUCAUCACGAAAAAUAUUUGUAUACUGUCGGAAUCACAAGAGGUCAUAAAAUGUUUUCGGAUGUAUAUGAACUGAAUAUAGAAGAUGUUAAAUGGGAAGUUGUAUAUAGCUGUCGAGGACUUGAUGACAAUGAACCAGCCGGUAGAUCAGGUCAUACAAUAGUUUAUGAUAACAACAUGAUUUAUAUGUUUGGUGGUACUGUACUGGAACCACUUGCUUUCGUUGAAAUACCAGCCUUUGAUUUAGAAGAGCGCUGCUGGAAAAAAGUGAACACUUAUGGUGAUGAAAAUCACAUACAGCAUUAUCCGGCUCCAAGAGAAUCAUUCGGAAUCACAAGUUAUACUGACCCAGAUUCUGGUGAAAUAAAUGUUAUAAUAUCUGGAGGACAAGAUGUUAAUAAUCGCUUUAAUGAUAUUUGGAAAUUGAAUCUCACAACUUUAAAAUGGACGUGUCUUGAGAGAUUUGGUGCUGUCUUGCCUCAUUAUGUUAGCAAUAAUUCGAUGGCUGUUUCUCCUGCUGGACAAUUAUUCACAUUUGGUGGAUUUAUUUUCUCUGAUGACAUGGAACAAGGAACUUGUCUUUCUACUUUACACUCAACUUGGCUCCGAAUUCCCAAACUCACGGACAUUUGCUGGGAAGCCGUUUUCCAUUACUAUCCAAACUUGGCAUCAAUGACUGAAGGAGAAUUAAAAUCCCUCGGUUUUCCAUUGCAAUUCCUCGAGUCGCAUACUGAGUAGUAAAAUAUUCCGAAUGAAUUUGUAAUAGUAAUAAAUUUAAUACAUGCUCCAGUCGAUCAAUUGGCAAUAAGGUGAAUUUUUUAAAAGUAAACUACAGCUUUUUAUACUCAAAAAUUUUUUAUACCAUUUCAAUAAAUAUUUAAGAUAAAUAAUCCUACAGUUUAAUUAUAUUUAAAGUUAACUGUUAAUUUUUUA